UUGACUGUAUUGUCUUUACAAAUGCGUGUAAAGAGAAAGAGCUUUUUCAAAUCAUUUAACAGCACAAAGUCCAGAGUGCUGGCUGUGACACAGGAACAGCUGGAAGAUGGAUUUUCGUUUAUUUACUGCACUUAAUAACACUGCUUUUGUGAUAUUACAUUAAACUAGUUUUGAAGGAGAGGUCUGCAUCUAUGGUGAAGUUCCUCACUAGUUUGAUUUGACUGCUUUUAUCUCUGGAAUUUAAUGUUUAACAUUCAUAUUAUAAAUCAAUUUCCUUCUCUGGAUGUAGACUAUUUUUAUGGAGCUUUACGGCAUCUGGCAAUGGAUUUAGCCUGCGGACACCAUCUGAACAGAUUUACAAGAAAGCUUUAAGUGUGCUGGCAACGUACCCAUCUGAUUUAAAAAAAGAGAAAUAUCUGAGCUGAUAUUUCUAUACUCAAUGACAGCACCCAAGGCCACUACUUUUCCUGUGUGCUUGUAUAUCUACAACAAAGCUUGUUACUGAAAAAUAUAAGGAUUUUCUUGCUAACUGCAGGAGUGCUUGGGGUUUAAAAGACUAAGGUGUACCAGCAAUGACACAAAAGUACUACUGCUGCUACUGUUGCAUUGGUUGCAAUUGUUUCCUGUCUGAUGAAGAGAAACUUGCAAUUAAAAUAGACAAAGAAAUCAGUAAAAUCCUGCAGGAUCAGAAGAAAAUAAACAGAAGGGAACUCAAGCUGCUACUUUUGGGAACAGGAGAAAGUGGGAAGAGCACCUUUAUCAAGCAGAUGCGGAUCCUUCAUGGUCAAGGUUACUCAGAAUCAGACAGGAAAGACUUCUGCAGACUCGUCUAUCUUAACAUCUUCACUGCAAUGCAAAGUUUGAUCCAGGCCAUGGAAACUUUGAAUAUCCAUUACAGUACUGAGGAGAAUAAGCACCUUGCAAACUUAAUUUCAGAUGUGGAAGUAAAUACGAUACUUGUACUGGACAAGCAGUACACAAAAGCCAUCAAAGAUCUCUGGGCAGAUGAUGGAAUCAAAAAGUGCUAUGACCGGCGGAAUGAAUUUCAUUUGUUGGACUCAGCAGCUUACCUCUUCACAGAACUUGAUCGUAUUGCUGCUGACAGAUAUGUUCCAACAGAGCAAGAUGUCUUAAGGGUGAGGGUUCCCACCACUGGGAUCAAUGAAUACUCCUUCACCGUGGAAGGCAUGCAUCUAAGGAUUGUGGAUGUUGGUGGUCAGAAAUCUGAACGUAAAAAGUGGAUUCACUGUUUUGAGAAUGUUACUUCCUUAAUAUUUUUGGCCUCGCUCAGUGAAUAUGAUCAACGCCUUGAAGAAACGAGCACAGAGAACCGAAUGAAGGAAAGCAUUGCCUUGUUUCACACAAUUCUUGAUUGUAAAUGGUUUAACAACACUUCUAUCAUCCUCUUCCUAAACAAAACAGACAUCCUGGAGGAAAAGGUUAAAACAUCCAAUGUGGCAAACUACUUUCCUGAGUUCAGAGGCCCUGCUAAAAAUGCUAAAGCCGCAAUGGAUUUUAUUUCUGAACUGUAUGAAAAAGUAUACAGAAGGGUUAGUGACAAAAAGAAAACAAUGAAUGAAAAUGAAACAAAACGAUUACUUUUCCGGCAUUUCACCUGUGCUACUGAAACAGAAAACAUUAAUAAAGUCUUCAGGAAUGUGAAAAAUACUGUUCUUGUGAAACAUCUGCAAGACAUUGAAAUUCUUUAAUGAGGUUAGAUAUGAGCCUCAGAACUCCUUGCAUCAUAACAGUUUAAAAUGAGGCAGGGACAGGAUAUAAAAUGGCAGCUCCUGUUUGACAGAAGUUCCUAGUUGCAUUGCGAGAGAAAUGACAGAGAAGAGAUGGUACAACAUAGCUAACAUAUCUAACAUAACGUGCUAGGAUGAUGCCUCAGAAUAUCCCGGUCUCAACAGACAAGCAUCUACCAUGUCCUCACUGCAUCCAAUACUGUGAUGCAAAUUCAGAAAUAUGUGUUACUCUGUAACUUUAUUAACAAAGAAACAUUGUU